GUGAAAAAGAGAAGAUAUAGAAGAUGAAUGUUUGUAUCUCAACAGCAUCCUUGGUUGUGCUGCUGAUUCUGAUAUCAGCUAAAAGCUUGUGUUGUGAAGCACAACAGUGUCGUCCAAGUGGGAGAAUCAUAGGGAAGAAACCACCAGCAGGAGAAUGCAACCAAGAGAAUGAUUCAGAGUGUUGUGUGGAAGGGAAGACGUACAGAACAUACAAAUGUUCUCCAGCAGUGUCAAGCAACACCAUGGCACAACUCACUCUCAACAGUUUUGAAAAGGGUGGAGAUGGAGGAGGGCCUUCAGCAUGUGACAACAAGUACCAUUCUGAUGAUACACCAGUGGUUGCACUUUCCACCGGAUGGUUUAACAACAUGAGUAGGUGCCUCCACAAUGUUACCAUCACUGCAAAUGGAAAAAGUGUUGUGGCUAUGGUCGUUGACGAGUGUGACUCUACCAUGGGAUGUGAUCAAGACCAUGAUUUUCAACCUCCUUGUCCCAACAACAUUGUUGAUGCCUCUAAGGCUGUCUGGAAAGCCUUAGGUGUCCCUCACAGUCAGUGGGGUGGAUUGCAAAUUACAUGGGCUGAUGCUUAAUGUAAUGCUUUAAUACUAGUACAUGCCUUCUGGCUAUUGCUUGUGUUGUGGUGUAUUUUUCUAUAUUGUGUCAUAGAAAAAUAGUUAUAUUCAUUGUUUUAUAUAUAUGGGUUAAAUAUGUUUUUAGUCUCUCAACUAUCAAGCGAUUUUAGUUUUAGUCCCUCUUUCAAAC